GAAACACAAAACCACACACGUGUCUCAGAAUUCCAUCUCAUAAGCUUCUCAGAAGAUCCAGAGUUGCAGCCUCUCCUUCUGGGACUGUUCCUCUCCAUGUACCUGGUCACGCUGCUCGGGAACCUGCUCAUCAUCCUGGCUGUCACCUCUGACUCCCACCUGCACACACCCAUGUACUUCUUCCUCUGCAGCCUGUCCUUGGCUGAUGUGGGGUUCACCUCCACCACAGUUCCCAAGAUGAUUGUGGACGUCCUCACCCACAACACAGUCAUCUCCUUUGCCGGCUGCCUGACUCAGAUGUCUCUCUUUCUCCUCUUUGGAUGCAUGGAUGAUUUGCUUCUGACGGUGAUGGCCUAUGACCGGUUUGUCGCCAUCUGUCACCCCCUGCAUUACCAGGUCAUCAUGAACUCCCAUCGCUGUGGCUUCUUAGUUUUAGCGUUCUUUGUGGUCAGCCUUUUGUAUUCCUUCAUGCAGACUUUGAUGGUCUUCAGAAUUACCUGCUUUAAGACAGUGGACAUUUCCAAUUUCUUCUGUGACCCUUCUCAGCUUCUCAACCUUACUUGCUCUGACACAUUCACCCAUGACAUGGUCGUUUAUCUUAUUGGCAUCAUAUUUGGUGUUUUUCCUAUGUCAGGGAUCCUUUGCUCUUACUCUAAAGUUGUCUCCUCCAUUCUGAGGGUCCCAUCUCCAGGUGGCAGGUACAAAGCCUUCUCCACCUGUGGCUCUCACCUCACAGUGGUUUGCUUAUUUUAUGGAACAGCCCUUGGAGUGUAUCUCAGUUCAGCUUUGUCACUUUCUCCCAGGAGUUGUGCAGUGGCUUCCUUGGUGUACACUGUGGUUACCCCCAUGCUGAACCCCUUUAUCUACAGCCUGAAGAACAGGGACAUCAAGAGGGCCCUACAGAGACUUUUCAUCCAGACAGCAUCAUCUUGGUUGCUGUGCCGUGCAUUUGGACUGCAGGUGGGAAAAGCAGCAGACUAA